CGUGAGGCGCCGGGCGUGGUUCCGACGGGCGGGCGGUGCCGGCGGGCGCAGGCCGGGAUGGAGGCCGUGCCCCGCAUGCCCAUGAUCUGGCUCGACCUCAAGGAGGCCGGGGAGUUCGCCUUCAACGCUGCCGUCAAGAAGUUUGUCCUGAAGAACUAUGGGGAGAACCCGGAGAACUACAACGAAGAGCUGCGGAAGCUGGAGCUGCUCCGGCAGAGUGCCGUCAACGUGCCCAGGGACUUCGAGGGCUGCAGCACGCUGCGGAAGUACUUCGGCCAACUCCACUACCUGCAGAGCCGCAUCCCCAUGGGCGCCGAGCAGGAGGCAGCGGUCCCCAUCGUGUGGACUGAGAUCUUCUCGGGCAAGACGGUGACUCAUGAGGACAUCAAGUACGAGCAGGCCUGCAUCCUCUACAACCUGGGUGCGCUGCACUCCAUGCUGGGCGCCAUGGACAAGAGAGUGUCUGAGGAGGGCAUGAAGGUUUCCUGCACCCAUUUCCAGUGCGCCGCCGGGGCGUUUACCUACCUGCGGGAUCACUUCCCCCACUCCUACAGCGUGGACAUGAGCCACCAGAUCCUCAACCUCAACAUCAACCUCAUGCUGGGCCAGGCGCAGGAGUGUCUCCUGGAGAAGUCCAUGCUGGACAACAGGAAGAGUUUCCUCGUGGCCCGGAUCAGCGCCCAGGUGGUGGAUUACUACAAAGAGGCCUGCCGGGCGCUGGAGAACUCGGAGACAGCCUCGCUGCUGGGAAAGAUCCAGAAAGACUGGAAGAAGCUGGUUCAAAUGAAAAUCUAUUAUUUUGCUGCUGUGGCCCAUCUGCACAUGGGAAAACAGGCCGAGGAGCAGCAGAAGUUUGGGGAAAGGGUCAUCUACUUCCAGAGCGCUCUGGAUAAACUCAACGAAGCUAUCAAGCUGGCAAAGGGCCAGCCAGAAACCGUCCAGGAAGCCCUGAGAUUCACCAUGGAUGUGAUCGGUGGCAAGUACAAUUCGGCCAAAAAGGACAAUGACUUCAUCUACCACGAAGCCGUGCCUGCGCUGGACACCCUGCAGUCCGUGAAAGGUGCCCCGUUGGUGAAGGCCCUCCCUGUCAACCCCACGGAUCCGGCUGUCACCGGCCCCGAUAUAUUUGCCAAGCUGGUGCCCAUGGCUGCCCACGAGGCCUCUUCCCUGUACAGCGAGGAGAAGGCCAAGCUGCUGAGAGACGUGAUGGCGAAGAUCGAAGCCAAGAACGAAGUGCUGGACCAGUUCAUGGACUCCAUGCAGUUGGACCCAGAGACCGUGGACAACCUGGAGAUGUACAGCCACAUCCCCCCCAUCCUCAUGGAGAAAUGCGCCGCGCUCAGCGUGCGCCCCGAUACCGUCAAGAACCUGGUCCAGUCCAUGCAGGUGCUCUCCGGGGUCUUCACCGACGUGGAGGCUUCCCUGAAGGAGAUCCGAGACCUCCUCGAGGAGGAUGAAGCUCAGGAGCGGAAGCUGCAGGAGCUGCUUGGGAAGGUCCCGCCGGCCCAGGGGUCCCCCCCGCCGCCAUCCCUGGGCCUGACCGAGGUCAGCAAGGAGUGCUCCAAGUACAUGGAGGUGCACGAGAAGGCCAGUUUCACCAACACCGAGCUCCACAAAGCCAUGAACCUGCACAUCGGCAACCUCCGCCUGCUCAGCGGGCCCCUGGAGCAGGUCCGGGCCGCGCUGCCCUCGCCCGCCUUGACCGAAGACGACAAGCAGGUGCUGCAGAACCUGAAGCGAAUCCUGGCCAAGGUGCAGGAGAUGAGGGACCAGCGGAUGUCCUUGGAGCAGCAGCUGCGCGAGAUGAUCCAGAAGGACGAUAUCACCACCUCGCUGGUCACCACCGACCGCUCCGAGAUGAAGAAACUCUUUGAGGAGCAGCUGAAGAAGUACGACCAGAUCAAGGUCUACCUGGAGCAGAACCUGGCCGCCCAGGAGAACGUCCUGAAGGCCCUGACGGAUGCCAACGUCAAAUACGCGACUGUGCGCAAGGCCCUGGCCGAGGUGGAGCACAAGUGGAACACCACCGUUCAGACCUUGGUGGCCUCCUACGAAGCCUACGAGGACCUGAUGAAGAAAUCGCAGGAGGGGAAGGACUUCUACACCGACCUGGAGGGGAAAGCCGCCAAACUGCUGGAGAAAGCCCGCGCCGCCUGCCAAGCCGCCGAGGCCAACAGGCAGCAGAUCUUGGAGAAGGAGAUGAAGAAGCAGCCGCCCCCUCGGCCCACGGCCCCCAAACCCGCCCUGCAGAAGAAGCCGCCGGAGCUGGAAGCUGCUGGGCUGGACGCCGGCGACCUGCCGCUGCCACUGGGCUCCCUGGUGCUGCCGGAGCUGCCGGAGGAGCUGCGGAGCCUCCCCCCGGACGUGCUGGCCGGCCACCUGGCCCGCUUGCCCCCCAACACGCUGGCCGCCCUGGCUACCGGCCUGCGGCCCCCUGAGCCAUUCUUGCCGGCGGCCAGGCUGGCCAGUGCCCCACUGCAGCCCUUCGCGCCCCCCCGCCUCCCGGGGCCCCCGGCCCUCCCCGGGCACUACCGUUUGCCAGCGGCACCCACCGUGGCACCGGGACCCUUUCCCCCUGGUGGGGGGGCCCCGGGGCAGCUCCUGCAGCCCACCGCCCCCCAGCCGGCCGGGCCCCCCCAAAGCUCAGCCCCGGCCGCUGCCCCCCAGCUCUUCCCGGCCGCCCCGCUCAUGCGAGCCCCGCUGCAGCCUGGCUUCGGGGGGCCCCACGUUCUGCCCCCGCGCUCGUCCCCGCAGCACGGCCCUGCUCCCGCUGCCUCCUACGGCCUGGGCCAGCCGGGGGUGCCCGCGCCCGGCCCCCUCGCGCCCCCCACCCUGGGGCCGGCACCCAUGGGUGGCCCCGAGCCAGCCCCAGGGGCCCGUCCGGCCACCACCACGGUGGACAGCAUCCAGGCCCCCAUCUCCAGCUGCACCGCCCCCCCCCGGCUCCCCGCGCCCCCCGGUCCCUUCCUGGCCCCGCAGCGCCCGGGGGGGGGCCCUGCCCCCUUCCCCUAUGCCCAGGGUGGGCUGCAGCCCUUUGGGCAGCCGGCUCAGCCCCCCUUCCCCCCCGGGCAGCACCCCCACACCUUCGCCCCCCCAACGCAGCUCCAGCCCGGCAUGGAGAUGCCGGCUCGGGCCCAGGGCCCCCAGCAGUUCCCCCCAGCCCCCACCUUUCUGCCCCCGGGGAGAGCCCAGGUCCCCCUGCCCUUCCAGCCCCCCGCCCGGCCCCCGCUGCCCCCCGCCCAGCCCCAGUUUGCCCAGCAGCCCUUUGCCGCCGGCCCUGGGGGGCAGCCCGCCUUGCCCCCCCAGCUCUACCAGCUCCCGGGGCAGGAUAAGCUGCCCCCGCAGGGGCUCGCCCCCCCCACGGGGGCCUUGCCCUUCCCCAGGCCCCCUGCCCAGAGUGGCCCCCCCCUGCACACUGCUUUGGGGGGGCUGCAGCCGGUGCCUGCCAGCUCCCCCGCUCUGCCCUUCUGCCCCACCUCGGCCCCCCCAAGCAGCCAGAUGCCCCCCGGCACCAUUGCCCUGGGCCCCCCCCAGCCCACCCCUGCCAGCCAGGCUGGCCCCCACCACGUCCCCCCCUCUCCCAGCCCCGGCCUGAGCCAGAUGCCGGGCGCGGUGGUGGUCCAGGGUCCCCUCGUCCCCUCCCCAGCCCCCUCCCCGCAGCCGGCCUUGCCCAUGCAGCCCCCACCGCUGGUGCCGGGGCCGCAGAGACCCCCCCCGUCGCUGACGCCGGGCACGGCCCCGCUCCCCCAGGGCCCUGGCGACGUCCCCUUCCAGCGGCAGAGCUCCUGCACGGAUGACCUCCUGUCCUCCAGCCCCGAGAGCCAGCACGGGGGCUCCAAGGCGGCGGUGGGCCAACCGCUGCUGCAGCCCACCAAGGCGGACGCCAAGGAGGGGCAGAAGCCCAAGGCCGUGCAGCUGAUCGAGAACGAUCCCUACGAGAAGCCGGAGCGCGUCCUGCGGCUGCUGGCGGAGCUCGACUGCUUCCGUGGGCUGGUGGAGCGGCUGGAGCGGCCGGGGCCCGGUGGCGGCACCGAGCUGGACGCGGUGUGGAAGGAACUGCAGGACGCCCAGGAGCGGGAUGCCCGGCAGCUCUCCAUCGCCAUCGCCCGCUGCUACUCCAUGAAGAACCGGCACCAGGACAUCAUGCCCUAUGACAGGAACCGCGUGGUCCUCCGCUCGGGCAAGGACGACUACAUCAACGCCAGCAGGGUGGAGGACCUCUCGCCUUACUGCCCCACCAUCAUCGCCACCCAGGCCCCGCUGCUGGGCACCGCCGCCGACUUCUGGCUGAUGAUCUAUGAGCAGAAGGUCUCCGUCAUCGUCAUGCUGGUGUCAGAGCAGGAGCUGGACAAGCAGAAGGUGCUGCGGUACUUCCCCCCGGAGCGGGGCCAGCCCAUGGUGCAGGGACCCAUCACCCUCAUCCUCACCAGCCUGAAGGUGGCCCCCACCCACGUGGAGAGGAUGAUCACGCUGCAGUACCGCGACCAGAGCCUCAAGCGCACCGUUGUCCACCUCCAGUUCACCUCCUGGCCCGAGCUGGGCCUGCCCGACAGCAAGGGGAGCCUCCUGCGCUUCAUCCAGGAGGUGCACGGCCACUACCUGCACCAGCGCCCGCUCCACACCCCCGUCGUCGUGCACUGCAGCUCCGGGGUGGGCCGCACCGGGGCCUUCUGCCUGCUGUAUGCGGCCAUGCAGGAGCUGGAGGCCGGCAACGGCAUCCCUGACCUGGCCCAGCUGGUGAAGCGGAUGCGGCAGCAGCGCAAGCACAUGCUGCAGGAGAAGCUCCACCUCAAGUUCUGCUACGAGGCCGUCCUGCUGCACGCCGAGCAGGUGCUGCAGCGCCACGGCGUGGGUGCCCCCGCCGUCCCCAAGGCCACCAACAGUGCCUCCCCCAAGCUCUACUUCCACCAGGACCCCCAGGAUCUGGUCCUGGGGGGGGACAUGCCCAUCAGCUCCAUCCAGGCCACCAUCGCCAAACUGAGCAUCAGGCCGGCGGGGGUCAGCGGGGAGCCCGAUCCUGCUCCCCCCCCGCCGGAUGCUGCCGACACGGAGGUGACGCCGGUGCUGCCCGACGGCGUGAUGGACGGUGUGGGUACCCCCGAGCCCUCCCCACCGGGGCCGCCCCUCCCCGAGCCACCCCCUGACCCCGAGAGCAGCAACCACCUGGCGGAGAGCCCCGAGCCCCCCGGGGGGCAGCCGGUGGCCCCCCCCGCCGCCCCCCCCUCCUCCUCGCUGGAGCUGCUGGCCUCCCUCACGCCCGAGGCCUUCACCCUGGACGCCUCCCUCAAGGGCAAGCAGCGCAUGAACAAGCAGAACUUCCUGCAGGCGCAGACGGGCGAGGGGCUGCGGGGGCCCCGGCCCAGCGACGACCCCCUCAGCAUGCUCGACCCGCUCUGGACACUCAACAAGGCCUGAGGGGGCGGCAGGGACCCCCCCCCCCAAGUCGCCCCCCCCUCCCAGUUCCUCCCCCCAAGACCCAGCACUACAGCCCCAGUCCCAGGUGCUGCCCUCCCCGGGCUCCCCCAGUUUGGGACGGGAGCAGCCCAGGCAGCGGGGGCUGGGG